AACUGUAAAACGACCGGAAGUAGUCAUACAUCCGCUAGAAAAUCAACAGAAAAUUGUCUGACGAUGUAAAAUGUGAAUUAAAUUAACUAUAGUGAUGUCUGCGCUGUUUAAUUUUCAAAGUUUAUUGACUGUUGUACUGCUUCUCAUUUGCACUUGUGCAUACCUCAGAUCUAUUGCCCCAAGUCUGGUUGAUCGAAAUAAAGAAGGAUUUUUAGGAAUAUUUUGGAAAUGUGCAAGAAUAGGUGAACGGAAAAGUCCAUAUGUUAGCUUCUGCUGCAUUGCUAUGGCGUUCACAAUCCUAUUUUGGUCUUGACCUGCGCAUCUUGGACUGAUUUCGAUUACAAAUGUGUAAUUUUUCAUUCAUCUGAACUUCGUUAACAAAACAUUUAACAAUGGUUUUGAAGAAUUCUAAUUUGUAUUGGUUUUUUACACACUGUAUGUACUUCAUCCAUCUCAAAAUUUUGACAUGCAACAUUUAAUAAAAUGACUUAAUUU